CACCGGAGUCACGUGGGGGCGGAGCGGCCGGGCCUCGUCACGUGACCCGCACCCCAGCUCGCCCUGGGAUGGAGUCGGAAGAGGGGGCGCCGCUGUGGCGGCUGCAGAAGCUCCCAGCUGAGCGGGGUCCGCAGCUUCUUCACAAAAUAAUUGAUGGCAUUUGUGGCCGUACUUAUCCUCUCUACCAGGAUUAUCAAAGUGUUUGGGAUUCCACAGAAUGGAUGCAUGUUCUGGAAGAUAUUACCAAAUUUUUCAAAGUUGUAGUGGGCAAAAAAUUAUCUGAUGAAGAGAUAUCUCAGCAAUUGAAUCAGUUGAAUUCAUCUCAUCAAGAAGCUAUCAUGAAAUGCUUGAAAAGUAGAAAAGAUGAAAUUAAGCAGACUCUGUUAAACGAAAUAGUUGAUAUUUCCUCUGCACAGCUACAGGAUUUUGAUUGGCAGUUAAAGCUUGCACUUUCCAGUGACAAAAUUGCAACAUUACAAAUGCCACUUUUAAACCUUCAUCUAGACGUAAAAGAAAAUGGUGAAGUCAAACCAUAUUCCAUCGAAAUGAGUCAAGAAGAGCUAAAGAACCUAAUAAAUUCCUUGGAAGCAGCUAAUAAGGUCAUCCUGCAGUUCAAAUAACUGGAAAUGAUGAAUCCCAGCAUCAUCAGAUUCCACUGUUACAGCUGAUAAGACAGCGAAUGCUGUGUGCUCAGAAAAUCUGCAAUAUGCUACUAUGCUACGCUGAGAAAGCAGCCGUGUUGAGAUGACAAAGAUAAAAAUUUAUCAAGUUCCCUAAAGAACAGGAAAUUAUGUGGUUGACAGGAAAUGCAUUAAAAAAUUAAAGAUAAAAAGCUAUAGUAGCAGUUUAUAUUUUCAUAAUGACUGUCCUGCCUCAUUUAUUAAAUAUUUGACAGAUCUUUAUAGAUACUGAGGUUUACUGAAAACUAAACAUAGGCUCUAAACUAAUGUUAACAUACAAAGCACAAAUAACUGUUUGCUAAAAGUAGUAUGUGAAUAGCAAAUAUGUGUAUUAUGGAUAUAUACAGUAUGUAUAUAUAUAUGACUAAUUUGUGAUAUUUUA